AUGGAUCCACAAAGGCCCCUCAAUAUCCAACUAGUUUCAUCCACCGACUCACCCGAGUUCACUAACUUAACUCGGUCUCUGACUCGCUGUAGAAUCAUUGCGCUCGAUGCCGAGUGGAAGCCCAUCCGCACCCGCACCCCCCAGUCGUCUUUCCCGACCGUCCUCCUCCUCCAACUCGCCUGUCAACUAGGUUCCCGACUCGGCGGAGACUCGGACGAGUCGGACGACUCAGUCGUCUUCCUGCUUGACCUGUCAACCAUUCAUCUGCCGUCGGUCUGGGAGUUGUUGAGGGACGCAUUCAUUUCCCCCGAUAUUCUGAAACUGGGUUUUCGAUUUAAGCAGGAUUUGAUAUACUUGUCCUCCACCUUCAGCUCCAAUGGCUGCGAACCUGGGUUCGACAGGGUGGAGCCAUUUAUGGAUAUUACGAGCAUGUACAAUCACCUGCAGCACAAGCAACAUGGAAGGAAGGCCUCCAAGCAAAUCAAGAGUUUAGCAAGUAUUUGCAAAGAAGUCCUUGGAAUUUCUCUUACAAAGGAACUCCAAUGUAGUGAUUGGUCAUGUCGUCCUCUUACAGAAGAGCAGAAAACAUAUGCAGCAAUGGAUGCACACUGCUUGAUUGAGAUAUUCAAUGUCUUCCAAGCCAAAGUCAUCAAGGAAGGGAAACUAGUUCGCCAUCCCUCUGAACCUCAUCCCCCAACUGUGACUCUUGGGUUGAAAGUGGUUUUUGAGAAGCUUUAUAUAUGUAGUAAAAUUGUAAGGAUGAAAGUUCAUGAAGCUAUAGAUAUAGCCCGAGCUACUGCUUCUUAUGUAUCUCCUAAUAUAGUUACGGAAAAGGGAAUGACAUUGAGGUUAGGGCAUAGGAAUACCCUUCCCAUGGAUGAAUACCUCUUGAAGGUUGUAAACGAAUAUGGGGAGAAAAUUUUGUUGAAAGAAUCAGACAAAACGGCCAAAACUUCUAAAAGAAAAGCAAAAGGACGGUCAUCAGAGGGUUUGAUUUGUAAUGAAAAGCAAGGACAGAGUUUUGAAGAUUGGCAAGGUCCCCCACCAUGGGAUUUGGCCUUGGGGGGUGAUGGACAACCGAAGUUUCUAUGUGACGUGAUGGUCGAAGGCUUAGCUAAACAUUUAAGAUGUGUAGGGAUCAAUGCCGCAAUCUCGUAUUCAAAAAAGCCUGAACCCAGGCAGCUAAUAGAUCAAGCAAAUAAAGAGAAGAGAGUGCUGUUGACGCGGGAUGCCAAGCUGCUGAGACAUGAUUAUCUAAUAAACAAUCACAUCUAUAGGGUGAAGAGUCUUCUCAAGAACGAACAGCUACUUGAGAUAAUCGAAACUUUCCAACUGAAAAUUAGUGAGGAUCAGCUAAUGUCAAGAUGCACCAAAUGCAAUGGUAGGUUUAUUCAAAAGCCCUUGACGACUGAAGAGGCUGUUGAAGCUGCGAAAGGUUUCCAAAGAAUUCCUAACUGCUUGUUUAACAAGAAUCUAGAGUUUUGGCAGUGCAUGGACUGCAACCAACUUUACUGGGAGGGAACUCAAUACCACAAUGCAGUCCAGAAGUUCAUUGAUGUCUGCAAGUUGAAUGAGUAAAUUGAAGGUGAUAAACGUUGUGCACUAGGGUUUCAUUGGCCCCAUAUGUUGCCACUCAUACAAUUUUUAUGCCUUCUUUUAAUAUUUGUUUUAUUUUUCGCUAUAAAAUAUUCAUGCUGAACUGUUUCAAGUAAUGUAUUUUGUCAUCCACA